AAGAGCCUGAUGCUGAGCAUCUGCCUCUCCCAUGGACCGCAGCACCACUGCCAGCUGCUGCAGCUCCCUAAACGCCCCUUUGGAGAUAGACACACAGCUUUCCCUGCCUCCAGGAUGUCUUGGGAUGCCACAAGUAGGAGGGAAGGGAAGAUUCCCCAGAAUAAUAGUAGUCACACCCAAAGCACUCUGAUUGCAGAGGGGCCAGCCUGGAUCUGAAGGUAGUAAAAUGUAGUGCGCUCAUGUCACAGGGACAGGGAAACGUUACAUCUUACCGCAACAACGUCCGUAUCCCAGUAUGUGUUAACUCCUCGUAUGACCCUCUGUACAUGUGAGGACACACUGUGACUUGCCCAUAUUUCAUUAAAAGCUAAAGAACUGAUCAACCUGACACACUCUACACUAGCAAACAUGAUGUGACACCAAAAGAUUGUACCUCUCUCUAACCUAGAGUGCAGCUUACGCAGCAUGUAAUAGUACUGCAUAUGUUGUAUUAUGAUGUAACGAACUGUUCUGUUGCAUCAAACGUGCAAGGGGCACAGAUCAGCAUGGGGGCCUUAGCUGAGAUUUUUCUAAUGUUUAUCUAUGUCUGGAGUCUUCUGUUUGUCAGGCUACACUAGGCUGCAAACAUUUCUGGCUGGCAUCUCCUUUGUGCCCACCUCGGCUGCGAUUGCUCUGAAAGGGCCCAUUGUCCCUUUCCUGGGCCUGUCCAGCGAGCAGCUAUUUUCAAUGGACGGUUAUUCACGGUCCAGUCCUGAAUGAAUGUUCUCUUUGUGGAGCCGCCUGCGGCAGAUGUGAAAGGGGCUUGUGUUUUCGGUGCAGCCGUUCCCCACUUGAUGGGCCAUGAUAAAUUGACUUAAAAAUUGAAACAAUCCAAGCAAGUGGCAGAGGAGAAGCCGGUACUGUCCCUAUAAAAAUAGGGGAACGUGCUGUCUGUUGGACCUAGCUAGCAGGACAAGUUUGUUUUCUCACUGCCGUUCGGGGAGUGGUGUAACCUGCAGCCAAAGGAUGCUGCCAAGAUGCCCGAGAGCGCCUGGAAGCUGCUGUUCUACACACUGUCCUGGUCAUACGGCACCUACCUGCUCUUCUUCACCGAGUACCCCUUCUUCCACGACCCGCCCUCCGUCUUCUACGGUUGGGAGAAGGGUAUGGAUGUACCCACCGACAUUGGCAUCGCCUACUUGCUGCAGGGCAGCUUCUACGGGCACUCCAUCUAUGCCACCGUGUACAUGGACGCCUGGCGCAGGGACUCCAUCGUCAUGCUCAUCCACCACGUGGUGACACUGACGCUCAUCGUCUUCUCCUACGCGUUCAGGUUCCACAACGUGGGGAUUCUCGUGCUCUUCCUGCACGACAUCAGCGACGUGCAGCUGGAGUUCACCAAGCUCAACGUCUACUUCAAACACCGGGGCGGGAUCUAUCACCGGCUCAACGACGUCAUCGCCGACCUUGGCUGCCUCACCUUCAGCAUCAGCUGGUUCUGGUUCCGCCUCUACUGGUUCCCCCUCAAAGUGCUCUAUGCCACCUGCCACAGCAGCCUGCAGUCUGUGCCCAACAUCCCCUUCUACUUCUUCUUCAACGCCCUGCUCUUCGCCCUCACCCUCAUGAACCUCUACUGGUUCCUGUACAUCGUCCUGUUUGUGGCCAAGGUGCUGACGGGGCAGAUGCAGGAGGUGAACGACGUGCGUGAAUACGACGUGGAGGAGAGCAAGAAAACCACAGGGCCCCGGAAAGCGGGCGAACUCCAGCUCCCCAAGUCCUGGAAAGAAGGGAACCACCUGAAGAACGGGCUGAUAAAAGACAAACGGUUAUAAUGGAACCGCUGGGCAGCCUCUGGGGACUGACCUGGGGCCCUCCAUGAACCCAGUGAAGGAGAGAGCCCUGCGGAGAAGGAGUGCAAGACCCCAACCCCCCCACCCCCAAAACCCUGCCUGGAGCUGGGGAGCAGCUGGCAGCCGACAGAAACAGUCCACUCGGCUCGGCUCAGCUCUGGCUUCACUUGAUCCUGAUGUGGCUUCUGGAGCCUGUUUGCGCUGGGCACCCUGCAGGCUGUUGGAUGGGUUGGCUGAGAUGGGGGGGAGGGUUUCCUAGCAGGGUCCAGGUCAGACAUGGAACUUGCUUUCGGUUACCUGGGAUCCCCCGUGCCAACCCCACCCCUUCGCCAUCCUCCCUCUGUCAUUUCCCCAGACCUGGCAAGUUGUGGGAUCCCAGGCGGCGCUUGUCUCUGGAGCACUGACUGACGCCGUGGCGCUGGGGAGGGGCUCGAAGCAGGGAGGCAAACGCCCCUGCCCCUUCGGCACCAGUGUCCCAAGCGUGGGGGCCCAGAGCCAGCUCUGCGGUAACGUGCAAACAGGGAAUGGUGACAUACCACUAGGCAGAAGAGUUGUGCUGCUAUGUGCCCUGCUGGCCAGUAGGGGUCAGUGUACUACAGGGAGCUGCUGUACGUGCAUCCAGGGGUUACCUGCCUGGAACCCCCUGGGCCAGCACCUAGAGGAUUCUCCCCGCAGCCUCCUGAGGCUGAGCCUCGGGCCUGCCCUCCUGCCCCCAGUCCCUUAGGAGGCCAGUGCCUGGAUCAGCGCGAGAGGGGACAGCGGCUCCCUCUAGGGCUCCUGCCUUGAUGACUCCACUGGCCUGAGAAACCGGCUCUGGCUUAAAGGACUCACUGAAGUCCGGAGUGACUCGGGUUGAGUUCUGAGCUUUGCAUUUCCUGCAGGCUGGGCUGGGCUGGGCUGCAGCUGUUUCCGCUCAGUGGGGAAGAAACCCUGUGGACGUUUGCACCCAUCCCACCCCCGGAGCUGGACUCACCCCACUGCAAUACUACUGCAGUGUCGGCUGCCGCCUGCUCCUCUCCAAGGGCCCUAACGCCAAGCCAGGGGGACAACAGGCCACUGAAGGGAAUUGCAGCCGGCCUGCAGAGGGUUAAGCCAAACGGGCAGGGGGUGAGGGGCUGGUUGUUGUUUCUGGUCCUUGCUUAGAUGCAGACCCCAGAUAGUGCUGCAUAUGCCACAAAGAGCCUCCCUGGAAAACAUCAGCGACUGGGCGGUAACAUGAAAACAUGAGCCAGGUUGUUAGAAAUCCCCCAGUUCUGGCUGGUCCCCCGAAGUAGCGAGGACAGGAAAUUAAACAUCCCACCCACUGGCUGCUUUUGUUCCCUGACUUUCAAACGGGGUUUUGUGUGGGGGUCAGUGGGGAAACAAAUCCUACAGGAUCCUGCUCUCAUAAUGUGUGGUGUAAAUCAGCCGUGACUCCACAGAGGUCAGGGGACGGUGGCUAACGUGCAGGCGUGUGGUACAUUUGGUAACUUGGCGUUUAAUGGUGGCUUGUGCUUUAAAACCAGCUGGCUGCUCUCGUGCCAGGGAGCCGCUGCAGCUGUGCUAGCAGCGAGGGGAGGCAGGGUUGAAUACUGACGAGUGGCUGGGGCAGGCCCGGGCAGCGUGAGGCGAGUGCUGCAGGGUUCUCCGGCAGGUUUCCUAGGGAUUCGUGUCCUGCUCUGGACAGACGCGUUGAAGAGUCAGGACAGAGGCAGCUGCAGCAGGACCACUUGGGUGCUGGUUAACUGGCCUGAAGCCCUUCGGGAUCGACAGGCCAAGCCACCCUGGCCCGGUGCUGUGUGUUGUCAGUAACACCUGUGCAAAAGUGGCUGCUGGCUCAGAACGCUCCCUUUCUGCCGCCCGCGUGCCCACUGCGCAGGGGUGAGUGACACCCGAGGGACCGGGCAGGGCAAGGCCAGGAUGGGGUGUUGAGUCUGCAGC